AUGGGCAACUUUCUAAUAGAUCUUGCCUUCAGCCAUAUUUCUGGCACCAUCAAGAUCCGAUCAUCAAAGUGCGGCUAUUCUUUAAGUGGUGUUUUGUUUGAAACAUUGACAGGGGCGCUCAAAGGAGCAGCAGGAGGGCGCAGGUCACUAGGUCCAUUACCUGAAGAGGAAGGAGAAACGCCGUCAGUCUCGUUUUUUGGAGCCGGCCAAGGUCAGUCCGCUAACGCCAUCUCACCGCUGUACUGGCCAAAGAGUGACCAAAGAAAAAGGCAGAGGAUCUCAGAAAACGAGCAGGAGACAGGAAAUUCAGAAGUUGAGGCAGAAAGGUCCUUUAGUAACUCGUUAUUUAAAGAUUUCAUACAUCUUAGAAGAAAUUGCCAUAAUUUGGAAACUACCAAUAGGGACCUGAGCAAGGAAAUCGUUGACCUGCGGCAACAGGUGAAAGACGCAAAUAGAAAGUUGAAUCAAUCGGAAGCCAGACGAAGAGAGGAAAAAGAAAGACUUGAACAGACUUACAAGAGAAUGACAUGCUGCUCGUGUGUUAGGCAUCUAGAUUCAGUAGAAAGGGAGCCAUAUUUGAUCAAUUGCCUUCAUAUCUGUUGUAAGAACUGCAUUGACAACACUCAGAAUGGAGUUGUGGAAUGCAGACUUUGUAACGACAAAUCGGAUGUCAACAACAAAGUACUCAUGGAACUUUUAUUGAAUUCCAUCAUAGACAUUGAAGUACUGUUGCUGAAAUUCAAAUUAUAAGUACGGGUCUAUCAACUAAGUUUAGUUACUUCAUAUUAUGAUGGGUAAUUUUCUUAAAUCUUAUGCUUGUGUAUGCUAAGAUUAUUUUUCAAUUCUCAUUAAACUAAUGACUGUUUUCUUUUCUAAGAUUAGCAUUUUGUCUGAUCUAGAUCGGUGUUCAAUUAGUUAUUGAUUAGUUAUUGAAUUAGUUAUUGAUUAGUUAUUGAAGGAAUUAGUUAUUGAUUAGUAUUUCCAAAGUAAAGGUAGAUCUAGAUCUAGGUCUAGUUUGGUGAUUAAAUCUAUUGAAAGUCUAUAAAAAGGUUAGAUCUAGAAUAAAACUAUUUAUCUAUUUAUUUAUUAAUAACUUAACUAUUAGUAUUAGUAACUUAGUAUUUAUUAGUAUGGAGAUUUUUAAUUGGGUCGUGGGAUGUCGCAACAUUUUCAAUGUAUCAUUAGUGGCUACUUUGGAUUGAACUUUAUAACACAUAAAAGAAACUAAUUUUUACUGAUGUCUAUUUUAGAAAAUUGUAUAAAGCUAGGUAUCUUCAAUUUUUCUCCAACGUAAUCAGGAUUAAAGUGUAAGGCGUGUAUCUUUGACCAUUAUUGCUAAAAAACACAAUCAUUUUGUUAUAUUCAUACAUCAAUUUUAUACUCUUCAAUUUAUGCUCAGUUUACUGACAUAUUUCACCCAUUUAUAAAUC